GGAAAUGAGCUUUACUAAACUUUAACCAUUUAAAGUAUAAAGUUAUAAGUUCGAAGUGCAGUUCUUAUUGUGUUUUGUUUCAAAAAUUUACCCGGAAAAUGUUCAUGGACAAAUAUUUUGUAUUGAUGUUUAUGACUUUAUGUUAUUUGACCAAAACGUACGGAGGCGAUCCAAUACAUGUGCGCAUCAUUGAUGGGAAUCAAAAAUUUGAUUUGCAACAAUCUUUGGAGUCGGAAACUAAUUUUUUGUUAAAAGCAAGGUUGGAUUAUGAGCCGUUCAGAGGAUCUUCAAGCAAUUUUUACAUCGAAGAGUCAAUAUUUAGUGAUGAAAGAAACAGAAUUGUUACUACAAUAAGCGGCGGAUUUGAUGAAACGAUAGAAAUAUUCCGUGAAUUCGAAACUCAGCGCAUUUUGAUGCUCUGUUUUCCAUCGAUAUACUGUGAACAAAAUGGAAAUUUGCGGAACUACCAAUUUUAUGGUGAAGAUAUGGUGACCAGUAUUGUGAAAGACGUGCUAAUGAUGGGACCUUAUCGUAUAAUAUCAUAUUUUGCCAAUGAAACCUUAGCCACAAACAAAAUUAGUCGAUGGAUCGAUACUGGUUAUGUAUCGACUCAAUAUAUGGAAAUGACUGCAGUAUUUUCAGAUCGAUAUUUUAGGAAAUUGAUGGGCUUGAAAAAUCCUCUGAAAUUGAUUAUAACUGAAGGAUUCUAUCGAAAUGCAACAUUAUUUAUAACACAGGUUGAGCCUCUUAAAAAGGUAACCAUUUCCAAGGCAAAUAAAGGUAUCCAUUACGAAUUGACUGAAACCAUCGGUUCAAGGAAAAAUUUUUUUACCAUCACAUCACUGGAUUCGGUUUCAUAUGCAAAGAUUAUUAAUGGAAAUUUGAGUGAUUCUGAAUUGAUUUUCGACUAUAAAUUUGGUAUAAAAUAUACUUUGUCUGGCUCAAACGAAUGUGCAAUUGCAUUGCGCCAUGCUUCAGAUGAAUUUAUUUUUGCAAAUUCUGAAUAUUAUGGAAGAGAUUCUUACUUUCCAGAAAAUUCGAUUGAAUGGUACAACAAUACAUUUAUUGUAAAAGCCGAAUUCAAUAAACUGGUUGAUAAUGUCAAUUAUGAUUUCGUUGUAACAACUUACUCGAGGUCUUCACCUAAUAAGUCGAUAUUAUAUCUUAAUGAGUGGUUUGAAGGUUUUUCUAUCGAACAAAAGCUCUAUUCAAAAUCUGCAUCUAAUGAGGACGCAUUUAAAUGCGUUUACAUUGAAUCAAGAAUGAUAUCGUUUUCUGAUUCUAUUGGUGUGGAUGGAGAUUUAAAUGAAAUAGUAAAUUUUCAUGACCGAUGUUUCAAAGACGGAAAAAAUAAAAUUAUCCUCGAUUUGAAGAUUUCAUUAUUAGAUCACUUGACUUCGAGGAAACUAGAUAAAGCACUUGCCAAUAUUCAUGAAAUUAAGGAUGAGUUACGAAAAGUGCUCAUGGAUAAACUGCGAAUAUCAUUUUCAGAAUAA